AUGGCUGAAAAUACCAAAUACGUUGGGUUAGUUAAAUUUGCUAUUGCCAUUUCUCAAUCUGUGAUUUAUUUAAUACUUGUUAUAGUAUUAUGUUUCCUGGCAACCCUUUUAAAUGUUAAGAAGCCUCCUGAUGACACAUUUAUUUCAAAAUAUGAAAAAUACAUUUUUGAUGCGAUUGGGAUUUACAUGAUUCUUCCAUUUGUGUUAUCUCUCGUUCUUAUAUUAGGAAUUCUACAGAAAAAUGUUACUUUAAUAAAAAUAUGGUUUAAGAUUUUUAUAGGAGUUUUAUCUUUGUUAAUUCUGGUCAUGUUGGGUUCGGGUAUAUUUAUAAUUAUUAAGGGGACACUUUAUGUUGGAUGUGGCCUUAUAGGAACAGCAAUAGUCACUGCAGGGUUAGCUGCGUAUUAUUGUUAUGUUUCCUUUGCAAUAAUAGAAGAAGUAAAUUUAAUAAAUUCAAGAUAUAGUAAUGAGUAUAAUGAUUCUAAUAAUAACAGCUUGGAUGGGAGAAGUGAUAGCAAUAGCAAUAGUUGUUAAUCUUUAAAAUAGAAACAACAAUUUAACCCAUUGCUACUAUCGUGGGAUGGAAAAUGACCUCACUAUUCAAUCUUCGGUUGCUCCACUCCACAGGAUCUGGCUAACAUUGUCACCGACCUAAUCUCUUUAUUCUCCUACCUAAUUUAUAAAUAAAGUUAGUUUAGAUUGGCCUAAAUUUAAAUUAAUAUUUUUAUACAGCUGUUACG